AUGGAGUCGUCGAAGGGGAGGCAGGACAUGCCCCAGCUUGGGGGCUACAGCCCUAUCGACUACAAGCGGAACCUUCCGCGUCAGGGGCUGUCGGACUACAGCAUGGUCGCCAUGGGCAUCGGGACCUUGCUCUUUGUGUAUUGGAGCAUGAUGAAGUGGAACCGCGAACGCAGGCGCCUGCAGAUACACGAGUUCAAGGCCCGCGUUGCGCUGAUGCCUCUGUUGCAGGCAGAGAAGGACCAGAGGCUUCUCCAGAUGUUUCGGGAGAACUUGGAAGAGGAGGCGAUCAUCGUGAAGGGCGUGCCAGAUGGGAAGGUAGUUGAGUCCGUGUUCCACACAAAAUGCUGGGUGACCCCCAUGCUGGGCAAACUCUGA